AUGUUCUGGAGUCACGUACUCGUUGCGAUUCUUCUCAGCCAUCAUCCAUCAACUGCAGAUAACGAACAACUCGCCCAAACGGUCGCCCAAAUACUCUUGCAGCAUUUUGUCCACCCAUUCGAAGCCGUACAGAUCGAUCAGGCGAUCAGCAACCAAGCGGCAGCAUUCCAUCGUCAACAAGAUCUGAUCGAUACCAUUCUCAGGAUGUUGGGAGGUCGUUUGGUCGUUCGUCGUUACAGCACUCGUCCGACUAUCGUUGAACCGUACUUCUUUCACCUGAUUUUCGUUGACGGCGAUGAGGCCCUCACGAGGUUGCUUGCCGAAAGAAAUAUCAUCAAUUACGAGACUUCCGGGCUUUACCUUCUCGUGAUCAGCGAACCGGAACCACCUGAUCAAUCCAUCGACAGCGUCCUAGCUCAUCUAUGGAAUCUACACCUGGUGAACGCCAACGUGAUCUUCAACCGCAACGGUCACGUACUCGUGUAUACUUACUUCCCAUUCCGAGAAGGUCACUGCGAGCACAUAAAACCGGAGCUACUGUUCAACCUGACAACUCUUCAAGAGAACUUUACUCGACCGACAUUCUACUGUAAUCGCUUGCGUAACUUCCACGGCUGUGCGCUUCUGGGAGGGACAUUCGAGGCGAAACCCUACACAAUCUACCGGAGCACUACGUCGAACGCAACUCUACAGGUGGGUGGAUUCGAAGGAGAUCUGAUGCAGGUGCUGGCGAGGCAGCUGAAUUUCUCAUUGUCCUGGAAGAAUGCCCCCGGGCAGUGGGGUUUUGCUCGACCACUCGGAAACAGCACCGGCCUGAUGAAGAUGGCCCAGGAAGAGGAUGUUGACUUUGCCAUUGUGUACAAAAAGAUGUACUUUAUUUCCCUUUCCCCCCAUGUGUACCAUCAGUGUGUUGUCCUCUUCGAUGAUAACUCUCGGGGUAUGAAUCGUUAG